AUGGCAUCUUUUGAAGGGAACGUGAUCGCUGUAACCGGCGCUGGAUCAGGCAUGGGUCUAGCCACAGCAAAGCUCCUUGCUGAGAGAGGAGCUACAAUUUCCCUCGCUGAUAUCAACGAAGAAGCACUGAAGAAGGCCAAAGACUCGCUUUCGGGUGACAAGCAUAUCUAUCAAGUGGUAGACGUCAGCAAAAGUGACUCUGUGGACGCUUGGAUCCAGAAGACCGUCGACACUUUCGGCAAGCUCCAUGGUGCUGUGAACAUGGCUGGCAUUAUUGCUGAGCCAGUACCUCUCACUGAGUACAGCGAUGAAGUUUGGGAUAAGAUGUUUGCAGUCAAUACCCGCGGAGUGUUCAACUGCCUACGCGCAGAGCUCAGAGCCAUGUCCGCUGGGGCUAGUAUUGUCUCUGCUGCAAGUGUCUUUGGUCAAUUCGGCGCUCCCGGACAUGUCGCAUACUGCGCAAGCAAAGCAGCUGUUAUCGGCCUUUCGCGUACAGCUGCGAAGGAAAAUGCCCACAUACGAGUUAACUGUGUCUCGCCCGGGUCCGUGAGUACUGCUAUGAACGAGCAUGAUGACGCAGAACACAUCAAGCGCAGUCUUUCGGGGACUGUGCAAAAGAGACGAGCUGAUCCAGUCGAGGUUGCUCGUGUUAUCGCCUUUUUACUCAGCGAUGAGGCAUCCUUUGUGACUGGCGCGGUAUAUAAUGUCGAUGGUGGAUGGGUAUGCUAG